AUCAUGGUAGAGGUCGUACUAUUGAAAGGAAGACAUGUGCAAACAUAGAGAUAGAGUUACGCGAGUAACGAGUUCCUAUUGCUCAAAUAUGAAGUUUUUUAAUUUUUAUCUUUAUAAUGAACGUUAAAUAUGUAUUCGUAUGAGUGAAUAAUUUACAUUUAUGUUUGUGUUUCGUUAACCAUUCGACUGCGAACAUGUCGUUGACGAAAGUGCACACGGUUUUUCGAAUACGAUGUAACCAAAUCAGUGAAAUACUGUAUUUGUCACGUUAUAAAGGUUCGAUCAGUUUCGAUACUUGCAGAGGUAUCGCAAGCAAAAUUAAUAAUGAGGAAACAUCGAAUGAAGUUUCUGAAUACCGUCAUUCAACAGAAGUCAUUAAACCUAAUAAUGCAAGAGGUUAUACUCAUGUUUCAAAAGAUGUUAAUUUUGCAAGUUGUAAUGCAGAUAAAGAAUUUCUUGAAAUGAUGGCAAGAGGGUUGAAUAAAUAUCAUUUAGAAGAAGAAUCUAAUACAUUACAACAUAAAUAUAGUAAUAGUGCUCAUAAUUUAUCAAAACAUAUAAAUAAUGUUGUACCUAAACUAUCAAAUAAAUUCAGUUCAGAAGAAGCAACUCUGGAUGCAAAUGAAAAUGGUGUUUACGAUGCAUCAGAAAAUGUAAACAAUAAUCUACCAGAAGUUUCAAUUGAACCGGAUUCUGUUAACCUAAUCGAUAAAUGUGAUUUUGAUUCUAAUGAUGCAUUAACAGAUUCAGACGAGAAACCACCAAGUCCUUUAGAUACAUGUACAGAAGAUCUUUCUCAUAUUGGACCUUAUAUGACACCAACUUAUAAUUUCGCUAAAAUUGCUGAUGAUUCAAUUACUCUCCAACAGCUAAUCAAAUUAGGUGUAAAAUUAUAUAAAUUAGAAAAAUACAGAGAUGUAUUUGAAAUGCUAGUAAAUCUUGACUUUGAUAAAGAUAUAAAACCCUAUAUCAGAUUUUUGAAUGAUUGCCGUGUACUGCCAGAUAAUCUUGGUAAUUUUAUCACCGAGAAUCCUAAAAUUUUUAAAGAGGACAUGGAAGACCUUCACACAAGAAUAAGAUACUUAAUAGUUCACAAAUUUACCCCUGAAAUGAUUGCAAAAAUUAUAAAUUGCAAUCCUCUCUGGUUAUCAUUUAAGACACAAGAAAUAGAUAGAAGAUUAGGUCAUUUUCAAAAUACUUUUAAACUAACUGGUUCUGAAGUAAGGCACGUGGCAACAAAAUGUCCCAAGCUUAUAACAUACAAUGAGAAACACAUAGAGAGAAAUUUCUUCUGUAUAAAAGAGGAAAUGGGUUUCAGUCUAUGUGAGAUGAAAGAUAUAUUGAAAACGAAACCUGUUACGUGGAUGUGUAGUAAAUCAAAAAUACUGAGAGCUUUCAAUUAUGUUCAUAAUGAGAUGAAUAUAUCACAUGAACUGAUAUGUAAACAACCAGGAGUCCUAAGUUGUAGGAAGAGGAGGCUCGUGGAAAGACAUCAGUUCUUAGUGAAACUGAAUAAAAAUCAAUAUGAUCCUUCGAAACCACUGUAUAUAUCAUUAAUAGAUAUAAUUAGUGGUGAUGAUUUAACUUUUUGUACAAAUGUAGCGGGUGUUUCUACUCAUACAUUUAAUCUGUUUCUAAAAACCAUUUAAUGUUACAGCAUUUACUUUAAAUACAAUCAUGUUAUAAUAAAAA